AUGUACCUGCUAAUUUAUGUGGAUGACCCGAUCAUUGCUCACAAAAACAGCGAUGAAAUUGCAAAGUUAACAGGAAUACUCAAUAAGCACUUUGAAACUAAAGACCUAGGUGAAGUGACAUAUUAUCUUGGAAUUGACAUCCAGCAGGAGAAAGGAAGUUUCCUGUUAAACCAGAGUGCAAAAAUGGAAUCUAUUCUUCAGCAAUUCAAUAUGACAGAGGCCAAAGGAACAAGCACACCUAUGGAUACAGCCUAUCCAAAGUUAGAAGGAGAAGAUGAUCUUCUCACAUCUAAUGAACAGUACAGACAAGCAGUGGGGGCACUUCUUUACAUUGCAACCACUACACGUCCAGAUAUUGCAGCUGCCAUGUCUCUUCUAUGCAGGCGAGUUGAUAAACCACGUCAAAGAGAUUGGAAUGCAAUUAAAAGAGUUAUGAGAUAUCUGAAACAGACAAAAGACUUAAGUUUGAAACUGUCAGCAAGAGGUGACUUAAACCUCAUGGGAUAUGUGGACUCUGAUUGGGCAGGUGACCACAGCACACGCAAAUCCACAAGUGGUUACUUAUUAAAAUUAGGAAACAGUCCUAUAUCCUGGUCCAGCAAGAAACAGAUGUCAGUGACAUUGUCUUCUACAGAAGCUGAAUACAUAUCUGCAGCUUAUGCCAGUCAAGAAAUUGUGUGGUUACAGCAAUUACUCAAGGAUCUUGGGGAAGCAACAUCAGAACCUACCGUCUUAUUUGAGGACAAUCAGGCUUGCAUUAAGCUUACAACAAAUGAAAAGAUUAGUGCAAGAACUAAGCACAUCGACGUCAGACAUCAUUGUCAGAAAUGGGACUGA